GGUACUCCCGCCAGCGCGCUCUCAGCUUCUUGAAACGGGAGGGAGGCACGCAAGCGCUCCCCGGCCCGUGUGUUACUGCCAAGCUCAAGUGUUGCUGCCGGGUACAUGGUACCAGAGCACAUGCCAGAGCGCAUCUCCUCUCUUGAGAUGUGUGCUUUCAUACUUUCCACCUUUAACGCUGGGAUGGUCACCGGCUCGCUCUACUUUGGAGAAGCCGUGUUCUCUUCAGAGCACGUACUUCACCUUACCUCUCUCCUUACCUUCUUUCACUUCCCAACAAAAGGAAGGAAGGGAGGAAGGGAAGGAAGGAAGGAAAGGAAGAAGGAGGGAGGGAGGAGGGAAGGCCAGACAGGGAGGUGAGCACAGCUGUCACCUCCUUCACUCCCACGGCGCUCACGUGGAUCCGGCAGCUCAGUAACUGCUCUACUUCCGGAACUCGCUGGUCAUCGCGACCAAUCAGAGUAUCUUUCCUGUCCGUCCCAUUGUCAGCCUCUUCCUAUCGGAGCGCCUCUGCCAACGCCCCUUAAAGGCGCCCGGUCCCGAGCCGGGGCAAACCGAUUCCUUGGGUCCUGCCCGGAAUUGCAGUAUGGAGUCGUCCCGGGGGCGGCCUGAGCCCGAGGCAGAACUUCAGGGUCCGGGCAGACAGCAAGCCGCGGUGUUCGGUGACGAGCCAGGGCGGUCGCCCUCUGAGCCGCCCUCGGGUCCCUGGGUAAGCCGGGAGGAAGAAGGCGUGAACGUGGGUGGCUCGGGCCGCCACCCCCGAGUGUCCCCGAAGACUUCGAGCGGCGGCGGCGUCCGCCGGGCGGAACUGGAGGCUCGGGAGGACCAACCCGACCCCCGAGGAGAGUCGUCUGGGAUGGGGAGCCGCCGGGUGGCGCUGGCUUCUGAGCGGGACCCGGACGGCUCGCCCCAUCCGGAAGGGACCGAGCCUCCCGAGGACAGACCUGCGUCCGAGAGGGUCGGCCGUGGCGGGAGCCCGGGAGGCGGGGGGCUGGGCUCCGAGCAGGACGAAGAGGACGAGGCGGCAGCGGCGGCUGGCAGGGCCGGCCGAGCCUUCUCCAGCCGCCUCCAGGACAGCCGCAGCCUGGACGGGCUGAGCGGGGCGUGUGGCGUCGCCGGGUCCGCGGCGGGGGUCGAGUCCGGCCCCGGCGGCGGGCGUCGUGCCACCAUCUCUAGCCCCUUGGAGCUCGAAGGUACUGUGAGCCGCCAGGGCGACCUCACGCACUUUGUGGCUAACAACCUGCAACUCAAGAUCCGUCUGAGCGGUGCCUCUCAGCCUCCUCUCCCUGUCCCCGCACGGCCGUGUUCAGCUCCUGGCCUCACCCCGGCCAUCCCCCCCAUAGACCCGGACGUGCUGCGGGACCUGGAGCGGCUGAGUCGGGAGCUGGGCGGCCGGGUGGACCGUCUGCUCCGCGGGCUGGGUGGCGCGGUGCAGGAGCUGACAGCGCUGAGCGUGGGCUGCAUCCAGACCUACCGUGACGCGGUGGACUCCCUAGGCGAAGCCGUGGACAUGAGCAUCAAGGGCAUGUACACGCUGCUGGCGCGGUGCGAGGAACUGGAGAGGGCCCUGCAGCCGGUUCAGGGGCUGGCGCGUCAAAUUCGGGAUAUCAGGCGCACCCUGGAGGUGUUGGAAGCCCUGUGCAAGUGACUCAAAGGGCCGGAGACACCUGCUACACACACACAUACACACACACAGAGGAACUCUGCCAGGAACUGCCUGUUGCGGAAAGACCUAUAAGACUCUUGCAAAUGCGUUAAAUAGGCUCGUGCCCCUUCCUGGGGCUUGUGCAAGUUUAUGUGAAGAUGUUCUAAGGACUCUCCUAAUGAGAGGGGAUGAUGCCCUGCUUCUGUUCAGUUGACCCUCUGUAGCUACCUUAUGCUCCCCAGCUCAUUACUAGCCAGAGCACCAUCCUGGGAACCCAGGGUUUUAGGUCUUGGCCUGGGAUACGAUUUCCGUAAAGUGGAUGAGAGAACAGAGGAGGUCCCAACCCUUAAUGUGACACCCGAUUGCUAUGGCCAUAUCUCAGGUGCCAAGGGCUGUGGGGACUUGAGAGGACCCUGGCCAUACACCAUGCAGAUAAAGUUGCACACUGCAGAUGGAUAACUUCCUGCUUCUACCCUCUGGUCCCUUGCCAUGCUAGUUUCUCCAUCCCAGUAGGGGUGGAUAGGAGAAAUGCAUUCCCUGGUGAAGGGAUCUCACUGUUCUCAGGGUUCAGGUAGAAUUUUUGCUGGUUUUGAAGCCCACCUACUGUGGAGUGUUCUAAUCAGUAUUGGCUUUCUAAGUUUUUGUGGAAUUAAAGUGCUGCUACUCCG